CCGGAAGGGGCGUGGCACGCGGCGCUGCGGCCUGUGAAGGCUCCGCCGGAAGGCGGGCCGGUGGCGGCGCGUCGAUGCGGAGUCGGCGGGCCCCAGGGGGGGGAUGCCGGGCAGGAAGUCCUCCCGCGACAAGAAGCGGCGCCGGUCGCGGUCCUGCUGCCCCGAGGGAGCCGCGGUGGACAGCGGUGACAGGAAGCGGCGGAGGACUGAGUCUAGCCACGGCGCCACAGAGGAAGCAAAAUGCAGUGUGCCAUCUGGAGAAAAAGUGGAAGAAGCUGAUCAGCUCAGUGACAUAGAAGAAGGAGGAUUAGAUCUCAGUGUGUCACUCAAACCUGUCAGUUUCUACAUCACAGACAAAAAAGAAAUGCUUCAACAGUGUUUCUGUGUCAUAGGAGAGAAAAAACUACAGAAGAUGCUCCCUGAUAUUUUAAAGAACUGUUCCAUGGAUGAAAUCAAAAGGCUUUGCUUGGAGCAGUUGGAGCUGUUAUCUGAAAAAAAGCUGUUGAAGAUACUUGAAGGCAAGAUUGGAGCUGAUUCUGAUCCUGAAGAGGAAGCAGAUGGAAGAGGCAACACUGGAGGUGAAUCAGUCAGUCAACAGGACAACAGUAUAGACUCUACAUCCUGUCUCAGAGAAGACAAGCUGGAAAGUCAGGAGUCAAAACAAGGCAAGGGAGAAGAUAGUGAUGUCCUCAGCAUUAAUGCAGAUGCAUAUGAUAGUGACAUAGAAGGCCCAUGCAAUGAAGAAGAAGGCCCAGAUGUGCAAGAGAACACUGUCAGAAGUGGAGCCAGUCAGUUAGACGACCUUCAGAAGGACAUUGAAAAAAGCGUGAAUGAGAUACUGGGGUUGGCAGAGUCCAGCUCAAAGGAGCCCAAAGCAGCAACCUUAGCCAUUGCUCCAUCAGAUGUUCAGCCAUCUGCACAGCAGCUGGAGCUUCUGGAGCUUGAGAUGAGGGCCAGAGCUAUUAAGGCUCUGAUGAAAGCUGGUGAUGUAAAGAAACAGCCCUGAGAUUGUUUAGAUUAAAUUUUCAGUGUUUGUUUUGAUGGAUGUGAUGUCUGUUAUCCUCAGUGCUAACCUAUGUUUGGGUUGAGUAUGACAUUCCUCAUUCAAAACCUAUUCUGUAUCAUGACCUGUGACUUCAGCUGCUGAUAGUUGGCUUCAUUGCCUUUAGUGUGCUGCUUCCAUGAUGUGCACAGACAGAGUAGUUUGAUGCUUCACCGAGAUCAGGUCUUUUUGUGUUGGGUUGUCUCCUCUAGGAGUCACAGAAUAUAGAGCUCUAUAUAUAUGUAUAUAUACCAGGAUCCUGCUGCCUUUCAGAAAGGUUAGGAAAAUCAAGUUCUUUCUAACCCCAUGGUUAGAAAUUACCAGCUGUUUUGUUUAUUAACAACUUGUUCAACUAUUUGAGAAAUUUGAUUUAUAUGUACUUCGUUAAAAAUAACAUUUUUAAGGGGUCUUUCAUUGUGUGACUGCCUUCAGCAGUCUGUAAAAGGAUUUGAGAUUACUUAUUUCUCUUUGGCAUCCACCUCAUCAUAACAUAGGUAUUUUGAAAAAUGAAUGAUUAUUUACUUAAAAGCAUACUUAAAUAUUAGGAAGUUGAAUUCCUGAAGGAAGGGAUUUUUUUUUUUUUUCUUUUCAAAUACACAGUUGAACCAUGGUAUUUUUAAAGUUAUGAAAGUGCCUGAAAGUGACAAAUAGUGGAUUUUUAUACUGUUUGUCAUGUAAUUUUGUCACUCUGCUGUUUAUGUCCUGUGUCAUAACUGAAAUAAAGAAAAUGAGGUUUUUUUUUCUU